AUGUGGAGUUCACUCAGGAACAGAGAGAAACAAAUCAAAGGAGCAUGGUUGAUGAUGGGGGAUUUCAAUGCAGUCGUAGGGGUGGAUGAUAGAAUGAAUGGCAGAGAAGUGCAAGAUCAUGAAACAAAAGAUUUUAGGGAGUUACUGGAAGAUUAUAGCCUAACUGAAUUACCAACUGUUGGGAAGUCAUAUACAUGGACAAACAGCCAUGUCUUCAGCAGAAUAGAUAGGGCAAUUGUGAAUGACCAAUGGAUAACUAGUAUGCCUCCAGUACAAGCACAUGUAAUGGAGUCUCUCUUCUCCGAUCACUCUCCAAUAUGCAUAGAAAUUGAAGAUUAUUGUGAUAACAAAAAGAGGCCUUUCAAGUUUUAUAAUUGCAUGGUGGAUCACCCUGAAUUUGAAAAGAUAAUAAAAGAAAAUUGGUACUCACAAGGAAGGAAAAUGGCAGCACUUUGGCAGAAUUUGAAAAAUGUUAAAGAAGCUCUGAAGAGGUUUAAUAGAACAGAAUACAUGAAUAUCACAGGGAAGAUAAAAGCUAGCAGAGAACAGUUGAAAGACAUACAAAGGAAAAUGAACCAUGCAGACAUACCAGGGAGUCUAUUUGAAGAAGAGAGGAAAAUACUAGCUCAACUGGAAAAAUGGAGUAUGAUAGAAGAAUCAAUAUACAAACAGAAAUCUCGUGUGCAAUGGCUGAAGGAGGGGGACACUAAUAGUGCAUAUUUUUUUGCUACUAUGAAGGGAAGAAAAAUGCAGAAUCAGAUAACAAAGCUAAUGGAUAACAAAGGAUGUGUAUUGACAAAGCCUAAAUGUAUUGAAGAGGAAAUAACUGGGUUCUAUAAGCAACUUCUAGGAACUGCUGCUCAGAGUAUCCCUGCAAUUCACCCUGGGUGGAUAAAAAAUGGACCAGUACUUUCAAGGGAGCAACAGAUGCAGCUUGUAAGACCUUUUACUAAAGAGGAGGUCUUACAAGCUUUAAAGGGGAUUGCUGAUAUGAAAGCACCAGGAGGAGAUGGCUUCAACUCAUACUUUUUCAAGAAAUAUGGCAUAUUACUGGUGAUGAAAUAA